CGGCAAAUCAAGUCUGUUAGAUCUCAAACAAUAGCCAGUGAAAACACGAUUCUUGCGUGUCCUGAUUAAUUCUAUUAUUCUGUAUCUAGUUACAAGAUAUACAUCUGGUCAUUUUGCCCACACCAUUUAAAGAAACCCACGAAUGGCGGACAGCACGUUGGUGCUGGCACGGCGUCAGAAUGAAUCUCUCGAAAAAUCUCUACAGUCGCUAAGGGGAAAACUUACCGGGCUUCGAGGUGUUGCCCCGUCUCGAGUUUCAGGUUGUACAAAUCAGCUCAUGGGUAAGGAGAAUGCCGAUUUAUAUGAGAAGAAUCAUGCUGGAGGAGAAGUAGGUGAAACUAUCAUUCCAAGAAGGAAUCCGUUGAAUCGCCACAGGCUGGACACAUCUAGAUCAGAAGCAGCAAUAAUAAAAAUUACUCGAGAUAAAGGUCAGCCACAUAAUACAAAUCGCUAUCGGUUUGGAAGACAUGUUGUCUUUGAAAACUCUUCGGAAACUGACGGUAAUUACUUCGAUGACUUUCGCAGAAACGUUCAAGAGAUUCGAAAACAGGAGAAGAGUCCAAUAAUUGAGCAGUCUCAAAGUGUUGCAAAGUCUUCUGAAAGCUCAUCUCACUUAGACAAGCCCCAGAAUCCAGACAGAUGGAAACCAGGAGAGGCAAAGCAAUUUCUCGUCUCCAAGAUCGAGCACCAAACUGACUGUAUCGAGGGCCUCGAGACAAAAAUCCAAAAAUUAGAGAUGGAUAACCAAGAGUUGCAAGAAUCUCAUUCUAAGAUGAGAGCAAUGUUGGAGUCGUCAGAACAACAACGGAAGAUCCAGGAAAUAAACCAUCGCCAAACACUUUUGGACUUUGCAGAAAAAAGCAAAGUACAGCAUACUAGUAACAGAGAAGAUCCUUCUCCACGUUUCAUAAAUCAAAACAAAGAACAAAUCCAGGCUCCAGCUCAUUCAAGUUUGGAGGCUCUUCUUGAAGAAACCAAGAGGGAAAACACGCAGCUCCGGCUUCGAGUUAGGGAAAUCGCUGAGCGGGCUCAUCUUUUGAAUUCUAUACAUGAUCAGCGAGUAAAAAUACUCGAGAGUAAGCUCUCAGCAAGCAUGAGUGUGGCUAAGUAUUACUGCGACCACCUGGAAUUGCCUUGGCGAGAUUCGAUCGAAGACUCUACUGAGGAAAUUCUCUUUGGACUGGCGGACCACACAACAAUAGACUUGCUCAAAGAAGUUCCGGGAUUCCAAACCAAUCGUUGCUCUGGGAAAAAGCGCCUUCGGGCAUACUUCCUCGCCACGUUAUUCACGAUCAGGCUUAGGAAACAAGUCGAGUCAAGACGAUUGUGGGAACCUUAUUUGAGACCACUCUGAGAAAGUCUUGAAGAGUUCUGUACAUUCUCAUCGUACGUAUUGAGGAUAGCAAGAUAUUGCACCUAAACUCGAUUUGAUUUCGCGGUGAACCUAAUCCAAUAUAUCAUGCUAUUCUGUAGUACGCCCAGGACGCUUAUUUCUCAUCUUGGGAGAAUGAUGAAUACAAUGCCGAUGGAACGACUGAAUACUAUAUUUUUGAAGCAAAAGUGGUACCAUGAGCUCGCUUUUGGACCGGAACAAAUCGUCGCGAAUAUCAGUAUUGUUUGAGAUAUCAGAGCCCAAAAUAUAAGCAAAAAGUGUGACAAGUUCUCGUCACCUCGGAAAUGCUCGUGACAACUUCAUAUUUGUUUUUCAAGCUAAUAUGAUUUCUAAAAUUAUAUCAGGAACUAGCUCUUGAGUAUAUAUGAACUACUCUGCUGUCUACAUCUUUGAUGCACGCAUC